AUGUACCUCUCAGGCUCAAAAGAGCUGGAUAAGGAUGUUAGUAGCAAUAGAGGUGUAGCAGGAGAUGCUAAGCCACUGCCUCGACAGAGAACGAUAACUGAAGCUCUAAAAAUCACCAAGCCAGACAGUCAAAGCUCAGACUGCCUCCACUUUUUGGAAAACGCUGACAUUAUUGAGUCUAGUAAAGACGACCGUUCAAUUACAAAAGUGUCCACAAAGACAUUAUUUGAGCGAGAGAGGGCAAAAGGCAAAUUUAGAUGUUUUCUAAAAGAAAAAGGGCAUACGAAAAUGUUCCACUUUUAA